AUGACCAUUUACGAUAAUGAUGAUGAUUAUAUUCAUGACCACAAGCAUGUUGAUGUUAAUAAUGAUGAUAAUGAAAACAAGGAUGAUAAUGUUGAUUGCUGGGACGUUGAUGAUGAGAUGAUGGUGUUGAAGAUGAUGGGGAUGCCGAUGUUAAUGAUGAUGAGGAUGAAGAGGUUAAUAAAGAUGAGGAUAAUGAUUGUUGAUGAUGAGGAUGAUGUUGAUGUUUCUGAGGAAGUUGUUCAUAAUUAUGAUGACAAUGUGUACGAUGGCGAGGAUGAUGGUGUAGAUGAUGAUGAGGCUGAUAUUGAUGAUGAGGAUGAUGACAUUAACAGUGAUGAGGAUGGCCAUCACCUCCCUGUCAAUGAAAAUAAGGCUGAUGGUAGUGAAGAGGAGAAUGAUGAUGUCAAAGAAGAGGAUGAUGAUACUGAUCAUAAUGAGGAUGAUUAUAUUAAUGAUGGGGAGGGUGAUGUUAAUGAUGACAAGAAUGAUGAUGUUGAUAAUAGUGAAGUCACAAAGAUGAUGUUCAUGAGGGAUUAUGAUGUUGAUGUUGAUGAGAAUGAUCUUGAAGCCAAUGAGAAUGAUGAUUUUAAUCAUGACGAGGAGGAUGAUGUUAAUGAUGCCCAUAAUGAUGAUUUGAAUUAUCUCAAUGAUGAGGUUGUUAAUGAUGAUGAGGAUGAUGCUGUUAAUGACGGAUAUGGUGACAAAAUUGAUGAUAUUAGUAAUGAUAUGGAUGAUGAUGUAAAUAAAGAUGAUGAUAUCAAUGAUUACAAGGAUGAUGAUGUUGAUAAUGGUGAAGAUGAUGAUGUUAAUGAUGGUUAG